ACAAGGGUCAAGGAUAGCUCUGUGGUCGCUAGCUAGUGACAGGCAAGUAUCGUGCACCGGAUGCGCCUCGAUAAGCGCUGGAUUGACUUAUAGAUUGCUACAUCCACCAUCGACACAUAUCACGCUCGACUUUCUUCUUGGACGAAUACUGGACAUUUUUUCCAAGACUGAAGGAGAGCUAAAUUUAGACCUGUUUGCUGUCAAAGUGACACCCCUCGAUCAUCGUGACAAUGUUCUUCAAUAAUACGAGUAUGAAGCAGUUUUUGGCUCUCCACAUGUUUGAGGUAGGCUACCUCUGUGUGUUGGCCAUCCUUCCUUUCCUGAUUGCCAAGCCUAUAGUCGGACUGACCAUCCUAGCUAUAUUGGUGUUUCUGGGUCUGAGUGCUUUAUGGCGGAUGCUUACAUUCCGAUGGUUACCCAACCCCGAGACAAGAUCUGUUCUCAUCACUGGCUGUGACACAGGUUUUGGCCAUGCGCUGGCCAAGCGUAUGUCUUCCCGGGGAAUGACUGUGUAUGCUGGUUGUCUAAAUCCUGAAGGAAAUGGAGCCAAACUUCUGGAAACGGGAACUUCAAGAGAAAAUAUCCACAUCAUCCCAUUGGAUGUUACAUCAGAAGAAUCAGUGAGAAAUGCUGUUGAAGUUGUGAAAAAGAAGACAAAAGAUGAGGGUUUGUGGGCUCUAGUCAACAACGCUGGAGUCGGUUGUCUCGUGGAUGUUGAAUUCUGUUCCAUGGAGAUGUACAGAAGGGUGACUGAGGUCAAUUUACUUGGGACAGUAUGUGUUACCAAGGCUUAUCUUCCCCUGAUCAGGAAAGGUCAAGGGCGGGUCAUCAACGUUACCAGUGCCCCAGUAUGUUACCCUUACCACUCUGCCCAUGCCAUGACCAAGGCUGGGUGUGAUGCUUUCUCUAACAGCCUGCGUAGGGAAAUGCACAAGUUUGGUGUCCAGGUGAUUACUGUGGAACCAGGCAAUUUCUAUGGAGCCACAGGAUUUCUGAACAAAUCCACAAUGGCCAGUGUAGAGAAGGAACACCAACAGGUUUGGGAGAAAGCUGAACCAGAACUGAAGGCUGCAUAUGGACAGAAGUAUUUAACUGGUGUCCAGCAAUCUUUAUCUAGCUUUGCUGUGACCAGCUGUAACUCUCUUGGACCAGUUGUGGACAAGAUAGAGGAGGCAAUACUGUCGGCUAGGCCAGGAACACACUAUCUAGUGGAUGGAAGCAGUUUGCUCUUUGAUGUACACAAUGUACUGCUGAGACUGGGCUGGUUGGUUCCUCAACAGUGUGUGGACUACAUCAUGGAGCGGGAAUUCUCUAGUAGCCUGUCUCCUCUUACCAAAAAAAUCAAAUGAUCAUGAAGAACCUUCCAUUGUAUUCUAUUGUGUGUUUGGUAAUUUAUUCUGUUGAUGUCUCAUAAUAAAUAUAAACUUGAUA